CAAAUACGACAAAUUGAUGCCAAAAACGCCUUUCUUCAUGGCGACUUGAAUGAAAUAGUCUACAGGAAGAAACCAGCCGGUUUCAUGGACAAGGCUAACCCAAAUCAUGUGUGCCUUCUUCACAAGGCCCUGUACGGCUUAAAGCAGUCACCCCGCACCUGGUUCGAUAAGUUCAGUAACUAUAUCAUCGAAUUUGGGUUCGUUUGUAGCUACAAAGAUCCCUCUCUCUUCAUCUACUCUCAUGGAAAGAAUGUCAUCAUGCUCCUUCUCUAUGUUGACGAUAUGCUUAUCACCAGAAACAACUCAUCAGUUAUGGAGACAUUCCUAGAUGAACUCAGCAAACAAUUGAAGAUGAAGGACUUGGGGCAAAUGCACUACUUCCUUGGUAUCCAAGCUACCUUCCACGCUAAAGGCCUUUUUCUCAAUCAGCAGCAGUAUGCUAAAGAUAUACUCGCUGUAGCAGCAAUGUCAGAUUGCAACCCUGUGGCCACACCACUACCCACUCAGCUCAAUCAGAUUCCGCAACAUAUGGAGCUGUUCUCGGAUCCAACCUACUUUCGGAGUCUCACAGGGAAGCUCCAGUACCUGACAUUAACAAGACCUGACAUUCAAUACUCUGUCAACUACAUAUGUCAGAAAAUGCACUCUCCAUCUAUCUCGGAUUUCUAUCUACUCAAUCGAAUCCUCAAAAUCAUUAGGGGAACGACAAAACUGGGAAUUAACUUCACAAGUGAAACAGAUUUUGCGGUGAAGGCUUACAGUGAUAGUGAUUGGGGCGGUUGCUCCUCCACUCGUCACUCCACAGGAGGCAUUUGCACCUUCCUUGGCCCGAAUCUCAUCUCGUGGUCGUCUCUGAAACAAAAUUCAGUCUCCCGCAGCUCGACUGAAGCUGAAUACAGAUCAUUGUCUGAAACCGCAACAGAACUCCAUUGGAUUGGUUCUGUCAUGCGUGAACUUGGGAUUCCUAUGAAGACUACUCCGGAACUUGUAUGGUGAUAAUCUCUCAUCUGUGCAUCUCACCGCUAACCCGGCGUUCCACAAGCGAUCGAAGCACUUUGAGAUUGACUAUCACUAUGUCAGAGAGCGUGUGGCUCUCAAAGCUCUCGUCGUUCGCCACAUUCCGGCUCGCCUCCAGCUCGCCGAUAUCUUCACCAAGUCUCUCCCAGCAGCGGCGUUUCAAAGUCUCCGAUACAAACUUGGCGUCGUCGAACCUCCGUCGCAAAGUUUGAGAGGGGCUAUAGGAACGCAACAGUCAAGUGAGCAAAACGGCACUGUUUUGCCACUGCGCUUCACUGCAUAGCAGAAGGGCAAGGCCAUUCUGAUCCAAUCAGAUGGUAAAGCCCAAGUUCCGCAAAAGCCCAUCAACCAACUCGCCAAGGUUUUGUCAUCAUCCAGUCAACAAGGAUCCCAACGGUCGAAGAUUGCUAAAAGCAGCGUACACAAGCCAGCUGCUACUCGUACGACUGAACGAGCGCAUAUGAUCGAGCUGUCGAAUCCAUUCUCAGCCUUAGAUGAUCUCAUAGACACCUGAUGAUGACACCUGUGCGUGCUCUAAGGUUUUGCAUUUUCCUGUAUAAAAAGACCAACUUUGUAUGAGAACAAAUCAAGGAAAUAAAAGUUUAUCAAAACAAAACUUUAUCUUCUUCACUUUCCUUUAGUGCUCUGAGACGCAGCAACAACAAACCAAACGCAGUGGUGCUCGUGGUGGUGAUUCACGGAGCGUAAAGGUGGUCUCAUUCAUCACCUGUAUCCACCUUGUCUCCAACUUCUCUCUGUCAUCACCUCUCUCUCUCUCUCUCUCUCUUUGUGUUUUGAUUCUGACACAGAAGUUGAUGAGGCAGAAGAAGAUGGUGUUUGUUGGUGUUACGGCUGAGAAGAUUGGUGUUCAAGGCGAGUAGCAGUUACAUUGGCGGUGGUGCAGUGGUGGCCAACCGCCUAAGAAGAAGCUCCGGUGUGGCAAGAUUGACAGCGGUAAAGGCAGGCUGAGAUUGAAGGAGGAGGACGCUUGCUGAGAUUGACGGCGGAGAUAAAUCAUUGACGGCAAAGAGGAUUAGGUUUAGGUUUCUCUGGUUUAGUUGAGGUUUAUUUGGUUUACUUUAUUUUUAAAUUUUGGUUUAGUUUUGUAAACCAGAAAUUCUGUAAACCGAUUUUAAUUUAUCAAUAAAAUUUAUUUCAUUUUAAUUA